GAGCGGAGGAAACGCGGAGAGGAGACACGCAGAGAGAGAGAGAGAGAGAGAGAGAGAGAGAAAGAAAGAAAGAAAGAGAGAGUCUGGGAGUCACUGAUUAUCACAGUAGCACCAAACUGGACACAAAUCACGGCCAGUACGAUGGCCGAGGAGAAUAUAUUUCUGUUUGUCCCGAAUUUAAUCGGUUAUGCUCGGAUCAUCCUGGGUUUGUUGUCCUUCUAUCUGAUGCAGUGCUGUCCUGCUCCUGCUGUGUUUUGUUAUCUACUAAGCGCACUGCUCGAUGCCUUUGAUGGACACGCAGCGCGAGCCCUUAAUCAAGGCACUAAGUUUGGUGCCAUGCUGGACAUGUUAACAGACCGCUGUGCCACUAUGUGCUUGCUGGUGAAUCUGUCACUUCUGUACCCAUCCUACACCUUCCUCUUCCAGUUAAGCAUGUGCUUGGAUAUAUCCAGCCACUGGCUGCACCUGCACAGUUCUGUGAUUAAAGGUGCAACAAGUCACAAGGCCAUUGAUCUAUCUGGCAACCCCAUUCUCAGGAUCUAUUAUACAUCCAGGCUGGUGCUGUUUUUCAUGUGCAUGGGGAAUGAGCUGUUUUACUGUCUCCUCUACGUGAUGUACUACAUCGAAGAGCCACAGGUGUGGCUGCAGUGGCUGCUGGGAGUGUGCGCAGUGGUCUCUUUCUUGAAGUCGGGCAUCAGCGUCCUCCACCUGAUCACCGCCUCCCGUAACAUGGCUGCAAUCGACCUGGCCGACCGGGAAAGUGAGAGGAGUAAGACCAAAUGAGGGUAGAAAUAGAGGGGUGUGGCUUUAUUUGGGAAAGGAAGACUGACAAACAAACAGGUUGAUCACAUAAAGGGAGAUAUUUACAGAUGGAAAUGUUAAAGUGGAUUUAUAGAAAUGGAUUGUGAUACCAUUUUGGCACUGAUGACAGAUUUAUUUAUUUGUAGAUGACUAGAGAUUGUUAUCUAUAUAGCAGAAUGCUGUUGUUUUAAUCUAAAUAUCAUAUAUUAAAUAUUGUUUGCUUUUGUCCCUUACCUCAUCCCCUUAGUUAUUUGGUUUUGGGGUGUGUGUGUGUGUGUGUGUGUGUGUGUGUGUGUGUGUGUGUGUGUGUGUGUGUGUGUGUGUGUUUGUGUAUGUGCAGUGCUUAUUUAAAUUGUGAGAUAGUAUAAGCCAACCAGUGACCCCUUACAACCCCAACACACACACACACACACACACACACACACACACAUGCUUUCUGUUUCAUUUUUUUUUUACAUGUGAUGUUUUAUUAUUAUUAAUGCUGUUUCUACACAAGUACCAUUCCUUAUAUAUCCGAAUAAGAAUUGUUGAUAUGCGAGUACCGUUUUACACAGAUAUUCCUCUAUAUCAUCUUUAUCCUGUAUUAGUGGGUCAUGGUAAGAGUAUUCUUGUGUAUGGAUGUACUCUCUGUACUGUACUUGGUUUUAGGGCAAUAAAGACAUCUUUUCACAGCUGGA